AUGAAUGCUUCGUCGAACAAUAAUAUCAUUAUUCUCGAUUUACCCAAUGAAAUAUUAGUUAUAAUUUUCAAUAAAUUGAAUAUGAUCGAUGCAUUCUAUUCAUUAGUAGAUGUCAAUGAACGAUUUAAUCGAUUAGUAUUUGAUCGUCUUUAUAUUCAUAAUCUUGACUUAACUGUGAAAUCAUCUAAUCGUAUGUCCUCAAUAAAUAAUCAAAUGCUCGAUAAAGUUUGUGAAAAAAUCUUACCUCGUAUUUAUCAUCAAGUAAACAAACUCACUGUUGAACCAUAUUCAAUCGAGCGUCUUCUCUUUACUACUGGUUAUCCUCAACUUGAUUCGUUAUCACUUAUUAAUUUUCAAAAAGAAACAUUUUAUAAAUAUUUAACAGGUAAUACAAUGCUUCGUUUUCUUCUCAUGGAUCAAAUCAAACAUCUCGUUGUUGAGAUCAAGGAUGAAACAACAACAGCAACAGGAUUAUCUUAUAAAAAUACAUUAGAUAUACUUUCAUUAAUAUUGUUUUCAAGUAAACGAUUAACUCAUUUGAUCUUUUCUGAAUGGUCAUCUGAAGAACCUCUAGCAAUUUCAAUUUUUAAUCAUCCCCAGGUCGAGCAUUACGACGACUAG